AUGUCACCGCACACCGACGCACCUUCUCCCGCAAACAGCUUCGUUCAAGAUUCCGGCUUCCACCAUCCUGUCCAAUCUGUCUAUACCAUGAACCGAUACACCGACUUCGACACCAGCUCAAUGGAGUUCACUGAUGUUGGCAUUCGGCGGUCAUUGGUUCCUGGCAUCUACGUUCCCACUGUAGCGUUCUUCGAACCAACUUCAGAUAACGUCGACGUUGAGACUACCGCCAGCCACGCCGUUCGUCUAGCCAAAGCUGGUGUUGCCGGUAUCACCACUCAAGGCUCCAAUGGCGAGGCUGUCCAUCUCUCCCACAAGGAACGCGACCUUAUCACAAACACCACCCGCAAAGCUCUCGAUGACGCAGGCUUUGGAUACAUGCCUGUAAUCGUUGGAUGUGGUGCUCAGUCGACCCGGGAAUGCAUCGAACUCUGCGAAGAGGCAGCCUCUGCUGGCGGAGACUAUGCCUUGGUGCUUCCACCAGCAUACUACCAGGGCUUGUUCUCGAAGGAGACCGUAAAGGAAUUCUUCCAGGAUGUAGCCACUGCUUCGCCCAUCCCCAUCCUCAUCUACAACUACCCCGGUGCUGUUUCUGGAAUGGAUCUCAACUCAGAUAUCAUCAUCGAGCUGGCUCAACAUCCCAACAUUGUUGGUUGCAAGUUGACUUGCGGCAACACAGGAAAGCUGAACCGCAUCGCCGCGGCGACCCGAGCAGCCACUGUCUCUGAUCCUGGAUCGGGCUUCAUGUGCAUGGGCGGAUCUGUCGACUUCACAUUGCAGACUCUGGUCGGAGGUGGCUCCGGUAUCAUUGGCGGCAUGGCCAACAUCGCACCCAAGACAUGCGUCCAGCUCAUCAAGCUAUUUGAAGCUGGCAAGCUCGCAGAAGCCCGCAAGCUCCAGGCUAUAGUAGCCCGAGGCGACUGGGCUGCCAUUCAGGGUGGUAUCAUCGGUACCAAGGCCGGAUUGAUGGCUCACUUCGGCUACGGAGGAUAUGCUCGCAAGCCACUCCCCAGGCCUGGCAAGGACGAAGUCCGCAGGUGGCGAGAUGCAUUUGACGAGCUCGUCAAAACUGAGAACUCCCUUUGA